AGGUGCCCCUCGACUUCAGAAUGCCACACAUCGAGCACCAGGUGAUCGUGCGGUCCGAGGAGGGCGUGAACCCCCUGCAGCAGCUGCUCGACAUGCCGGCGCCUCGCUACAUCAAGUGCCACCUGCCCACGGAGCUGCUGCCGCAGCAGAUCUGGAAGACCAAGGCCAAGAUCAUCUACGUGGCGCGCGACCCUAAGGACGUGGCCGUGUCCUACUACCACUACAUGAGGACGUGCUACGGAUACUCCGGCUCCAUAGACGACUUCCUGGAGGCCUUCCUCGACGAAUCCCUUCCGUACGGCCCAUACUGGGCGCACGUCCUGGGCUACUGGAAGCUUCGGGAUCAGCCGAACGUCCUCUUCACCACUUAUGAAGAAAUGAAGAGGGACCUCCCGGCAGCAGUACGGCGGUGCGCGCGCUUCAUGUCUACGGACGUAAGCGAGGAUCUGCUGCAGAAGCUGGUGGACCACCUGAGCUUCGACAACAUGAAGACGAACCCCGCCGUGAACAAGGAGGGCUACGUGGCCGCCGUGCGCAAGGGCAUGGGCCUCGACCCGAACGCGGCCGACCUGCCCAAGUUCAUGCGGCGCGGCCAGCCGGGCGGCUGGAGGAACGAGUUCCCUCCAGGAUUCGCCGAGCGCUUCGACAAGUGGAUCCAGGAGAAGACCAGCGGCACCGGCUACACCGUCGGCAUCUCCGGGGGGCACGCCUAGGAAGCUGUCAGACGGACACACACACAAAGACACACACAUCUCAAUCGCUGGCGCGGUAGAACACGACCAGGAAAACACGAAGCUAUCUGGGCCCUGUGGGUCCAUCACUGAAUGUCGCUACAG